CAUUUUAAUGAUUUGUUCACACUUGCAUGUUUUUUUAAGUAACAGUAUUAUUUAUGUCUGUAAUUUACCUUUACACUUUUAGUUUCACUCUUUUUUAAUAUUUCUGUCAUCUCUUUAUGUUUCUAAGAAGCUUGUUUAACCCACUGAGCUUCAGUUUGCAGAAGUUACUGUUAUUCAGAGUUCUUGUCAGUGUGUGACACCGGAGCGGGAAGUUAAAGCGGCUAGCUGAGGUUAGCAUGCCGGCCGGUGUUUUGUUUUAACCACUGACCGUGUUAACUGGUGGCUUUCAGGGAAAUAUGUUGUGGUUGUCGUGGUGACGGCAGCUGUUGAAAACUGUAAAGAGACUGUAAAAUCACAAGAUAGACUACAGCUGCACUGCCAAUUUAUAGGCCACGUUUUGUUUCCCACGUUAUAAAAGAUGCUAUGAGGUGAUUGCUUCUUGCUGAGCACAGUUUAACUUACAUAAAUGGUUGGCAUAGAUUAUAAAAAUAUUGACUGAUUGAACUAAAAUUGAUAAGGCUUUUAGGAGCCAGCUGCCGUCACUACGAGCAACCACGAGCUGAAAGUUGCCAGUUAACAGAGUCACUGGUUAAACUGGAACACCUGUUUCGCUUUAACCACGGACCCUGUUUUCUGGUGACUUUCAGCUGAACGUGUCGUGGUCGUCGUGGUGACAGCAGCUGUCGAAAACACAAACAGAAUAUGUAGGUGUCCUAAAAGUCUUAAAUUAUCAUAUGUUCAACCCAGUAAUUCGUCUGGUCCUCUUUGUAUUACAUUAUGUUAUAAAUUAAAUAGUGUUGCCAACAAGAAGAACUCACAUUUCCUCUCAUAUUUUUCUGAAAUCAAAUCGGUCUUGAUGGUACGGGAGGAGGGGGAUGCGGCCCGGGCCGCCCAUAAAAACCAAAUGCCCAGCCAGUUACUUUCCUCUGGCGCCGGGACUGGUGCUAGUGGAGCUUUAGUGACUUGAACUUAAUGCGAGCAGCAACAAGGAGCCAGUGGAGAGGCAUGAAAAGUGGAGCGACAAGCUGUUUUUGGCUAGUUGAAGACCAGACAUUUUUCAUUUGACCUAAAUGUUAUCCUGUAUAAUGGUUUAAGUUAGCAUUGCUGAUAUUUUACAUUUUAGAUGAACAGUGGUCUUUAAUGUGGCUAAAGUUAGCAGCUAAUGUUACAGAUAUUUUACAGUUUAGCUGAAUGUUAGCCUUUAUGAUGGAUGUUAGCAGCUAAUGUUACGGAUAUUUUACAUUUUAGUUGAAUUUUAGCCUUUAUGAUGGAUGUUAGCAGCUAAUGUUACAGAUAUUUUACAUUUUAGUUGAAUGUUAGCCUUUAUGAUGGAUGUUAGCAGCUAAUGUUACAGAUAUUUUACAGUUUAGCUGAAUGUUAGCCUUUAUGAUGGAUGUUAGCAGCUAAUGUUACAGAUAUUUUACAGUUUAGCUGAAUGUUAGCCUUUAUGAUGGAUGUUAGCAGCUAAUGUUACAGAUAUUUUACAUUUUAGUUGAAUGUUAGCUUUUAUGAUGCGGCUAACUUUAUUGGCAUUUAAUCACUUUCUCUUUACCUUUGCCUUUAUAAUAGCCACUUUCUUAAUUAUUCUCAAAGCUGGUAUUACUUGCUAAUACUGUUCAGGAAAUGUUUCAUUUCAUAAAUGAAUCUGACUCAAGUAUGACUCAAUUGUGAGUCUAAAGACUUAUUAUGGGUAUAUCUGCAUGUAUAUGACGUCAGCCACCUUAGUUGUGCUCGAUGACUUCUAAAAGUGGCACUUCACCCUCGUUCAAAUGUCUUGAGAAAUGGACUUCACCCAGGGUUUAUGGUCUUACAUGUCAUAAUGUUUUUCAUUGAGUAAUGACUAGUGUUGUAACUGCUUGACGUGCAGGCGUGAGGAAAGUCAACAACACAGGAACAUCCUCUUGUGAGAGACAUAAAUACACUGACAAAGGUCAUACAUCACUUUAUUUCCUCCUCCAAUGUGUUAUGAAUGACACACAGCUGACUGAUUUCAUUCUAAAUAAAUAAGGAAGAGGUUUGAAAAGGGGAAGUGGGAAAUUUCCUGAAUCUCAAAACGUUACUUGGUGUGGUCAUACAGCUCUCAUACUUAUUCAACCACCAAACCCACAACUGUGUUUAAUAGACGUGCCUAAAAAUAAUCUCUUUAUAGAUUGUCUUUCCAAAAUUUUCCACCAACUUCAUUUGGAUAUUUUGGUUGGACUAAAGUUAAUAACACAAUUUUAAGAUAUAGUUUGUCAAAAUGAUAUCAGAGUACAACGAAAGCUUCACCAUGACCAUGUUAAAUUUCACAACUCCGAUCCCUGGUGGUGGAGGCAGCGGCGGCGGCGGCGGCGGCUGCCCACCAGUCGGUAUUCAACUGGAGGGUGUGAUCCUGCCCCCAGUCCUCACCAUCGACGUCAUACUGGGUCUGCUGGGAAACAUAGUUGCUCUUUGGAUAUUUUGCUUUAAACUGAAGGCCUGGAACCCCAACAACCUGUUCCUCUUCAACCUGGUUAUCGCCGACUUCCUGGCUCUUGUGAGUCUUCCUCUCAGGAUCGAUGCCUUGCUCAGAGGCCACUGGGUGUUUGGUGAUGGCUUGUGCAGGAUCAACCUCUUCCUGAUGUUUUCCAACCGCUCAGCCAGCAUCGCACUCAUGACCGUGGUGGCAAUUUACCGCUACUUUAAGGUGGUCCAUCCUCACCACCGGUUCAACCGUUUGACCAAGAGACAGGCUGCGUACGUGUCACUGUUUGUCUGGCUGUUGGUCAUCAGUCCUCGGGUUCCCAUGCUGGCUUAUAACCACAUCAAGGGCAGCGGCAACAGGACCCAGUGCUUCUUCUUCACUUCUUACAAAGAGGCAUCUCGCGCCAUCAUCAUCCUGGUCGCCAUGCACCGCAUCCUGACAGUGCUGGAGUUUAUCAUCCCGAUGGCCAUGCUGCUGUUCUGCUCCAUCCGGAUUUCCAGCUUCCUGAGGGAGCGGCAGAUGGGAAAACCUGACAAGGUGCGCAAGGCCAUGCGGGUGUGUACCGCCAUUGUCACCGUGUUCAUGGUGUGCUUCUUACCCACCACGGUGACGACCAUCGGGUUGUGGGUCAACCGCUCGUACCGCCCGUGGGACUGUGCCACCUUCUACACGUUCACCCAGCUCACCAUCGUGUCUUUGGGGCUGAACUUCCUGAACUCAGCUCUGGACCCCAUCGUGUACGUCUUCUCCAGCUCAAUGUUCAGGAAGGCGCUCUGCAGCUCGCUUCCCCACUUCCUGCGCUGUGGUCAGGAUGCAGGCGAUGCCGAGAAGACUGCAUCCUCAACUGAAAGUCAGUCAACCACCCAGCAAGAACUGAAAUCCAUUAGGGCUGACAGAGGGAGUGAAGCCAUGUAAUAAGCUUUUCUUCAGUAACAAUGACUGGAUAAUGCAGCAAAAAUCCUUUAUGUAGUAUUUUGCACUGAAUUGUCUGCUUGUUUUGUGUGUUUUAGUAGUUUUGUAUGCUGUUGAAGCUUUGUUGUAUGUCUGUGAACUUUGUAAACACAUUAGAUUUUCAAUUAUCAUCAUUUAUUAAAUCCAAACUCAGUGAUGCAUGUAAAUAUACUUCAAACUCCUAUGGUUGAACAAAUUACAGAUGUGUGUUUUAAUUCUAUGUAUUUAUUGAACCUUUAAACAUUUUAAUUGCCCUCAAAACACUUUGGAACUUUAGAAAAAUACACAUAAGUGGCAGUGUCACAUAAAUAUUUUGAAUCACAUCUUGUUCUAGUACUUGAUUGAAGCUAUAUGAUGUUUUUUUUUAAAUUUCCAUUCCAUUCCAUCAAAUGGAAAUUUGAUGGAAUGGAAUGGAUAGAUUUCUUGUGCAUCAUUUUUGACAAAUUUAUGUAAAUUAAUUUGUAAAUAUAAGGCAUCUUUGGAAAGUUUAGGCUCUCUACUGGAAGUAGAAAGGUCUGUUGGUUUGAGCUGUGAGUCCUGCAGAGUUACAGAAGUAAAAUGAGGCCAUGUACAGAAAAUCUCUAAACCAAAAACUGGCAGCAUUUAUCACUGAACAGCCUGAAUGUCUGUUUUAAUACAGCUCAGUUGUAAACAUUCCUGUGCUCAUUACUUCACAAUAGAUGAUGAUGGAUAAUGUGCACCAUCUAGUGGACAGAGCAUAGAACUACAUCAACUGAUCUGUGAUUUUUCUGCCCCAGGUUUGGUUUCUGGUAGAGCUGCAACUAUUAGUAAAUUGCUAGAAAAUUAGUAAAAAUUACAAAAUUGCCGAUUGCAGCUUGUCAAAUGUGUCAUACAUGAUAAUAAACUGAAUUUAUUUGGCUUUUGGACUGUUGAUCAGACAAACAAAGACAUUUGAAGAAGUCACCUUGUGCUCUAAGAAAAAAAGGGCCUUCUUAUUAUGUUUACCUUAUCUUAUAUUUUUAUAAACAAACUGAUUACAGUGAUCAAGAAAAAAAUCAACAAAUAAAUUGAUAAUGACAAUAACUGGCCACAUGUUGGACUAGUUUGAUGAGAUGUUAAUGUUCGUAAACCUUGGCAGUAAAGUUGUUAGGGAGUAACAGCAAGAGAUCAUAGAUAAUAUGGACAUCAGCCUUUCAUCAGCAUUUCCUCUCCUAAUAUUUGUUCCCUUUAUAUAAAGGUUGAUGGUCUCUGAAUUCACAAGGUAAACACCAUAAUAAUAAAAAUCACUUGUGGAUGUCCCAUUAAAACUACAUGUGAGAGGAAAGGGAGCUACAGUGUGCAGACUUUCUUCUUUCUUUUGUACCAAGGAUUCACUAAAUACUUUUACAUCAUUAUUACCUCAUUCAACCCAAUAAGUGGUGCUGUUUUUUAAUAGCCCUGCACCUACAAUUGCAUCUCUUCUUCCAAGAACCCAAACACUUGUCUUUUUUGAAGAUGAUCAAGUGCACACCAUCGGGGUGCUGCAAUGUCCUCACAAUUGAGUUCCACACGUUUCGUUAUGUUAACAUAACCUUAUCAACUAAUCUUAUUACAAAAAUUGCUUUUUGGCAUUUGUUAAAGCUAGAAUAAAAAGCUACGAAUGUCAGUCCUGCCAUGAGAUUUAAAAAUUCUGUAUACAGUGAAAUA